GAGCCUGGCGGGAUAUGGCGGAUGUCCCCGUGGUGCAGCGACCGGUUCCCGGCUCCGGCCCGGAGCCCCGGGACCCCCUGGACUGCUGGGCCUGCGCUGUUCUAGUCACAGCCCAGAAUCUGCUGGUGGCUGCUUUCAACCUUCUCUUGCUGGCGCUGGUGCUGGGGACCAUCCUGCUACCCGCUGUCACCAUGCUAGGCUUCGGCUUCCUCUGCCACUCCCAGUUCCUGCGCUCCCAGGCACCCCCUUGCACCGCGCACCUACGGGACCCGGGCUUCACAGCCCUGCUGGUCACCGGAUUCCUACUCCUCGUGCCGCUGCUCGUGCUUGCCCUGGCCAGCUAUCGCCGCCUCUGCCUGCGCCUUCGCCUGGCCGACUGCCUCGUGCCCUACAGCCGGGCCCUCUAUCGGCGCCGGCGCGCCCCGCAGCAGCGGCAAAACCGGGCCUCACCAGCAUCCCAGGCCGUUCCCACAUCAGGAAAGGUCUGGGUCUGAGGACCCUCGCGUCAAGAACAGUACUGACGAUUGCCCUCCCUCCCAGCCGCCCAAGAACUUGAAACCCUGGAGUCUCCCGACCUUUCCUGCUCCUACCCCAGCCUAAGCUGGGUCCUUCCAUCGCCUUGGGAAGCAGGAGCAUCUGUGGACCCAAAGCUGGUGAAAAUUUGCCACACCCCAGAAAACCCACUUUGCUUACCACCGGUAUCUGAAUCCUGAACAUCUGGGCUGGACCCUGCCUGCACAUACACCCCCCACCCCCACCUUGUGAAUAGGACAACUGAACCUCGUGUCCUUUUCCAGUGCAGCUAGUAUUUACAGGCAGAGGGGCGAGAAGUGAAGGGGAAGGAGUGAUCUGCACAUAUCAAUAAAGAACUAAUGAACUGAACUGCGCUCCUGGGAUCCUGUGA